GGUAUCGUGACCGGAAACACACACGAGGCUGAAGCUACUCCGAAACACACACGAGGCUGAAGCUACUCCGAAACACACACGAGGCCGAAGCUACUCCCUUCGGAAACAGCAACAUGGCUGAUAAUUCGGCUGCUGCUGAUAUGGAAAUAAGCCAAGAUGACAGAUCCGAAACACACAAACUUUAUCUCAUAAAUCAGGCCACGCAUACAUGUCUAGCUGUCAUAAGUGGCUCAUCGCCGGAGAACGCAGUGAUUGGGAUGACGAGUCCCAGUGACAGCCGUGAGAAGCAGUGGUACAACUGCGGCGGGCAGUGGCAGUGGGGCGGCGAUCGCUCGUACUGCCUGGCUCCCGUCCCUGGCGACAUUACGGUCCGGCUGGUCAAGUGCGCUUCCUCGACGAUCAAGUGGACGAAGGACGCCGAGGGCAGGAUGGUCUUAGGGUCGCGGGUGCUCACUGUGCCCCCGGGGAGACACAGGGCGCGCGUGAUCCUCCGCUCGACGAUCAACGGGACGGACCAAAUGUGGUGGACAAACGUGGAGCUGCGGGCCUUCUUGAGGGGUGCAGGGCCAGCGCUGUACCCGUUCCCGUCUGUCCAUAUUGCCAUAUACUACCAGGAGAUUGCCCGAGGCCUCUUGAACCAACUCGCCCCACUGAGCGAGCCGCUGCCCUUCCCUCGCGACGUGGCCACCUUCCCCGGCACCGUGGACGACGCCACGCCGCGGGUGGAGAAAACCUUCACGCUGGACCUCUCGGUGCUGGGGCAAGCCAGCAACCUGCGCAUGACGACCCCUCGAGACUGGCAGGCCACCGACCUGUAUGUGGCCGCAGGAGACAUCUUCCUGGUUACCCUUCCCGAAAGCCUGCCACUUGAGCAGGCACGGCAGAUCACCGUUUGCGUUGGCGCCCACAUCGAUAAGCUUCGUCCUUCGUCUGGUACAACGAAAAAGAGCAAGUGGUUCAAGCGGAUGCCAGUUGUUUCGGAGACUUUCACUGUCAACCCAGGUAUAAAUCUCCUCCGAAGCCAGUAUGGAGGAAACCUGAUAUUCAUAUUCAGAGAAGGUGAGGUGUUCUUAGUAGAUGUUAAUGUGAAAAACGUUAUUCGAGCUCCGCACUUUAAGCUCGACAAAACGACCGUGCACGAAUGGAGGGUCUCUCGGAUGUCGGGCGCCCCCCACGCGGUGCUCGAGAGCGACAGGAUUGUCCUGGUGGUGCGGAGCUCUGCCGUCACGAGCUUCGCUUUUCCCGAUCAGCUGAUGCGCCGAUACGAGGACGUCGUGGACAAACUAAAUUCCCUCGCGGGCUUCACGGAGAGCGACCCGCCGCCGAGGGGAAAGUACUGGCUCGUCAACGAUCUGCAGAUUUCGCACGGCUCGGCUCACGCGGGCUUCCCCGUCAUGGUCAACAGACGCAUCAGGAACCUGGCCAUGUUCGAAACCCCGCAUCGCUGGUGCGUCUGGCACGAACUCGGCCACAACUACCAGCAAGCUCGGUCCUGGGCGCGCGCCUACGGAGUCGAGUCAACGGUGAACUUGUUCUCCUUGUACAUCGGGGAAAUGCUCUUCGGUAAGGACAGACUAAAGAAAAACGAUAAGUACAGAUUAGCCUCCGAGGCAGUGGACCAAGGCCUCACGUUCGAAGAAGGCAAUUGCUGGCAGAAGCUGGUGUUCCUGAUGGAGAUCAAAUAUGCCUUUCCCGACAAAGGCUGGGAGAUGUUCCGCCAGCUGAACCGAACGACGCGCGCCCUCUCGAAGAAGCAGGCGGAGCACUUGGCCUCCGACCACCAGCUGCAGAUCGACUACGUGUACCGGACGCUGAGCAAAAUCGUGGGUCACGACCUCAUUCUUACGUACCAGCGGUGGGGCCUCAACGUCAGCCAGGACGCGCAGGAGGAAAUACAAAAGCUUGGCUUGCAGAAAGCACCGGCUGAUCUCUCCGUCAGGCCCUAGUCAGUCGUUAGGCAUUCUCGUGACAAUCCUGAAAUUUGGUGUUCAGUAGACAUAAUGUUUAGCGAUUUUUCAGCCAAUACGUAGAUGGAUUCAGAAUUCAUUUUUAUCAGCUCCCCUUGCAAUAGUGACUAUUACCACAUACUAAGCCUUGACCUUUGCCAUUCGCUUCAUA